AUCAAUCUUCCAGCUGGAGUAUUGACAAUAGUCUCACCUUGGACGGAAGAGCCAGUACAAUGUCGGCCACAGAUCCCUGCUUCAGUCCAGGCUCCUGCGCAAUGCGCCUGCAGAACCUAGAUAGUCUCUCAUCGGCCUCAAAAUCCGCCGUCCUACGAUCAAUCGCAGACGAUAUUUCGGCCGUUUUCAUCUGCAUCUCCAAACAACUUUCGUGCGGCACGCUGAGCGCUAGACAUACCAGGCCCAUUCAAGACUUCAUCACCAUUAAAAACACUGAGCGAUUGAAACAACAAAGGCUGCAGCAAGACUUAGGACGCUACCGUCAACGCGAACGACGGUGGCGGGCGGAGAGGAAGUGGAUGCACCGCAAAGUUGAGGGCCUGGUAAAACACUCCGAACAAAUCCACAAGCAAUGGAAGGUGCGGUUGGAGAGGGUGAAAGGUAAUGUCAAUGACGCGACAAGGGAGUUGGCGGCACAGAAGUGGACGUAUGAGUUGUCUCGGUCACAGGCGGAGAGAGAAAAGGCGUUGGGAAGAGAGACAAAUGCGACUCUGGCGGAAACUAAUCGGUAAAGGUGCCUUCCUCCGUACCUCUUUUGUACACAAUUAAGACAGUUGAAUCCACGAGAUCCUUGUCCACAUCCAUUCUGCGUAGGUGGCUGCAGAUAAUGGCUGGUUGUGCGACAAAUUCCACUCUUCGGACUGGAAAAGUGGGAAUGAAGUGGAUGUUGACACCUCAAUAUACAAGGCGAAACCAUUCACAUGUGUGGAUCUUGGCCGAUAGCCAGUUAAGAAUUCGUUGUUAUCAGCAGCGGGACGAGUGGCGACAACCUUAACUAAGCAUCGGGAUCCAUCUUGGAAUGCUUUGAACGUUCCAGAGUCAGCUUUAAUAAUA